UGUGUAAAUUUUAUAUAUUAGUUUAUGCUAACGUGCUGUGUAAAAUAUAAACGUUAAUAAGGUUCGUUUUCCCUGUAGCGUCAAACAGUAGCAUUCUACAAAAUAGACGCAAUGUUCUAUGUCCUGUACUAAUGCAGACAGACUCGACGGACGACCAAUCGGCGUGGUCACUAUUUAAAUGUGCAAGAGACAAACAUUUUUUUUCGAAUGCUGCAGAACAGCGAAAGUUACCACCGCCUACAUACUUGGACCGAACCGUAUUAGAACGAAGAUUCCAACAGCUAGAAAACAAUAACCAGUUGACCGAUGGCGAUGAGCAACCGCGGAUGAUGAUCAACAGUUAUUCAACUGAGAACGCUUGUCUGAAGCGAACGAUUAAAGAGAUCGAAACCAAAAAAAAGUACGAAGUAAAGAUAUGCAAGGAAUACAAACAAUUACAAAAAGAUUUUACGGCGUUAAAAGAUGAGAGCAUGCAGAUUUUAAACUACAGUAAUCAGGUGACCGACGAAAAGUGGCGACGAAUCGCGGAUUCUAUUCAGAACUAUUUGAAAAGAGUCCGGGAGUUUUUUGACUGUGAACGGACACAUAUCAACUCGAUGGCUGAUACGUUGACCUUACGUGAUAGGACCUUAGCAUUGGAAAAGUUGAAAAAAUUGUAUACAAACCAUGUGUCCCAAAUGGACGAGUGGAUAGAAAUAGUCGUAUCUAAAUAUUAAGUAUUUUUAUUUUCAUAAAAUAUAUUUUAAAAUAAAUCCUAUAAGAUAUUGAGUGCCGCCUAUGGACCCUAAACAAACGAAUGACUUUUGUGAUUAGGUUUUUAUUACCGAUAUACUGUAGUACAUUCAUUAUUUCGAAAAAAUAUUUCUUAAUAUA